AUGGAGCUCAAUGCAACGAAAAGUCCUAUGCAUCUACCAGCUUACGAAAAUAUCGUCAAGCGAUAUGGAAAGUAUACAAGAAAGGUCAACGGCGAACUUGUCAAAAUUGUUUAUGAUUGGUUCGAACCUGAAGAUAGUAAUCAAUACAAAUUAUGUUUAACAAAAAAACAAUAUGAUCUAUUGAAAACAUUUGUCUCUCCAAUAGAUUCAAAUGGUGAACCAUUAGCAUUUGAUCGAUAUUGUGAUGUGCUAAUCCCAGUUAUUACUGCUGGGGAAGAUGAUCAUCACGAUGAUUAUUCAAUCUGGUUAGCAUUUCGUUCGUUUAAAAAAAGUCACAAUCGUUAUAUCGAAACGAGUGAAUUGGAAAACUUAAUACAUAUCAUUGGUCAAUCGGUCGAUCGUGAACAGAUACGUGAUCUGAUUAAUAAAAUUGAUUGGGAUCAUAAUGGCCUAUUGGACUACAACGAGUUUCGUCAAUUCAUUAUUCGUGGUUAUGCAAGAGAAUUGUUAAUGAUGGACAUUACGAGAGAAACGGUUUAUUCCGUGGAUAGAGUAGAAACACCAACAAUGACGCAUCGAUUCUAA